CACUACUAGCAAGAUCAUAUAUUUCAGCAGCUAUGAGCCAGCACAUUGGGAAGCCCUAUGGAUCUGCAGUGACUUUGUUCCUUUUCUUCCUCCUGGUGGAUGUCGGUGCUAGUGAUGGAAACACAAGCAAAGAGAAUGCAACGGUAUCUCACAGAACACAGGCUCCACUGCUGACUGAGCGAUGGCAAUUUUCUGUGACUCAAACACCAGCCAAGGAAAAAGCCAAAGAGGGUGAAACUGUGGUCUUGAAUUGUCACUUUAACAGCCCACAGCAUCCUUCCCUGACUGGUCUGUCAGUGAGGUGGUACAAAGAAGAUGAAAAGGGACAGACAAACCUGCUAGAUAACAAUGUGACCAUGCUGCCAAAUAAUUCUAGGGUUUUCAUGAGCGGAGACUCGUCCCAAGGGACUGUCUCCCUGGUGAUCCUCAAUGUGACAACCAGUGACCACGGUAUCUAUUUCUGUGAGGUUACACUUCCAGAUAAGAAGGUGAUGACAGGAGAUGGGACAAAGCUGAGGAUCAGGAGGGCUCUAGGCUUGUUUGGUAUAGAAGAAUCUAUUGGAACAAUCAUUGGGGUUGUGGCAGCUGGUAUUGGAGGCCUAGGAGUUCUGAUUAUCAUUUUAACCCCACAGCUAAGGAGAUGCAUCCUCUGCAUGAAACAAGGCUCUCAACAAGCAUAGCUUGACCUGCAGAGCUUCACGAAACACCAGAAGAUGCAAAGGCUAAGCACAAAGUAAUUUAUCAUGCCCUGUAAGCCAAAAAGGAGGCUCUAGAUGUAAUAAAAGCUUUUGCCUCAGCACA